AUGCGAAGAGAUUUGAGUGGUCGAAGUCGGGAUCUGGCAGGUAUCGAGCGCAGCGACCAGCGGGUCCGGGAGGCGGGAAGGUCAAGGGAGCGGGGGUGGAACACACUGUACAGUCUAAAGGUAUUUGUCGGGGUGUCUGCCGGUCUGGGUACAUGGAAGAAUCGGAUGCCAGUAUGCGAGUAUGCGAAUAUGCGACAAGAAAUGGACCGCCUGGAUGAUUUACCGAUUGCCUGCCUCUGUUGCCGGAAGCGAGUCACGAUGAUUCGCGGGAGGAUGAAGCCGGACAAGAAACAGCUGGUUGACCCUACAACGUGUUGGUCGGCGGUAGGCAGGGCAAGGAAAAAGGGAAAGGCGCAGGUCAACCAGGUCCGGUCAAGCGGGUGCAAGGCAAGAUGGACGACGAUGGGUGGACGGAAAAUGAUAUUGGAUGGAGGAUGGAAAAAGUGGAUAGGACAGAGAGAGGCAAGCCCAGGAGCCUCUUCUAUCAAAUGGAUGGAUGAUUGGGAUCAGAUGAAUGGAGGAGGGGAGAUGGAGGGUGGAGUGGACGAGGGAUGGAUGGAUGGAGGGAGGGAGGGGGCAAGGGAUGGGAUGGGCGCGCAGGUCGCAGAAGGCGGUGCAGUUCUUGGUGCAGUUCUUGGUGCAGUUCUUGUCUCUGAUGGAUUGGAUGAUGAUGCGCGUGAUGAGCUGCGGCAGCGGGUGUUCCCAGGCCAUCCAGAGGCCAGAAUAACAGAAGGCGAGACGGGAGACGAAGAGAGUUCGGAUCUUCGAACGGAUGGUCCAAGAAUAGGACGUUCGCUUCGAUCAACUCACCUGACAAUAAGGUUUCACGCUCUCAGCAAUGGUUGUCUCUCCAUCAGGAGUUCACCGGCAGGAUUCUGUAAGGCGGGUGUAGGAAGCAAGGGCAGGCACAGCGAAACCGUCACCUGGGAAUUCCUAGGAAUGCGAUGUGAGGAGAGAUGGUAGUGAGGACAGGAGGACAGGAGGACAGGAUUGAGGGGUUGGGGCGUGGGAGUAAUAAUGGAAAUGCAAAUAAGACCGGAUAGUGAAUAGGCUUCCUUGGAGAAUGGGCGGGAAUGCAGGUUGAUAUCGGAUUCGUAAACCGUCGUUCGCCGACAAUGAUAUUAGAGGUACGAUUGGACCAGGAUGUUUCUAGACGAUCAAUCCUCGAGAGUAAAAGCGGCGCAGAAUCAUGAAGUACCGGUACGGGUACCUACGUAGUACAGAGUACAUCUUGUACAUAUCAGCGGAUGACAGGAAUAAGUACGG